AUGACUGUCACCCCACAGUCGAACAUCAAAGUGACCACCCGCCAAAUCCCAAAAUGGCACCGCAUCCCCAACACCUCUAUCCAGUCCCACCCACUCAUGAUCUACCAUAGCGCCUUUGAUACAUCCGAGGAGCUGUCCGCGUGUCUGAAAGAGACCGGCGAAGUAGACCCGCAAUGGGUCUACACCAUGUACAGCCAGACCCAUUUCCACUCCACCACACACGAGGUCCUGGGCGUGAUCUCGGGCCGCGCCCGGCUGUGCUUCGGGGGCGAGGAGAAUCCCGACCGGUUUGAGCCAACGGUGCAGCGGGGCGACCUCAUCAUUGUCCCUGCCGGGGUGGGACACCGACUCUUAGAUGACCUGGACGGGAGUGCGGAGCCAUUCAAAAUGGUCGGUGCGUAUCCUCGCGGGAAGCACUGGGAUAUGUGCUAUGGGCAACCGGGGGAAGAGGCCAAGGUUGAGAACAUCCAAAAUCUGCCCUGGUUCAAGAGAGACCCGCUGUACGGAGAUGAUGGACCAGCUCUGCAUGUCUAG